CGGUUCAUCAUGCUUAGAAACUAUAAAAGAAUCGUUGUUCAAAUUUUGAAAUAUAUCAUUGUUUGUGGGUUGAUUUUUUACAUUGUGAAAUCGUUACUGAUGAAAGACAAGGAUAACAAAAUACCAAAGUUCAACGAUCUGGAGAAGCUAAUGAUUAAAACAGAAAUGGAAAAUUCAAUGCGAUUAUCGACUGUAAGAAACACGUGUCAAAAAUAUAAUUUAGGUAUAUACAAAGAUCCUAGCAAACCUUCUGCAUUUAAACACCCACCGACACCUCAGUAUAGUGUCUUUUACAUUGUCAGAUCACGCGAUCUAUCAUACUGUCCAAUUUACAAAGCCGGCAGUACAACGUGGAUUUACAAUUUAUGUCUCUUAAUGAAUGUGCGGGAGGAAGAGUUAAACAGUGGCAGAGAGCAGAUAUCAACCAUCGCCAGAAGAGCAAUACCAGAACUGGAAUUUCCAGAAGCGGGCGAGGGAAGACUAAAUCCGCGAAAACUUAUGCAGGCAUUACGAUCGACGAAGAAACUGUUGGUGGUAAGGCAUCCAUUUGAGAGAUUGCUGAGCGCGUAUCGCGAUAAACUGGAAAACUCCGUGGCUGGAAGGGAACACGGGACACUUCACUUUUAUCGGAAAUACGGCAGCAAGAUUGUUGAAAAGUACCGUAAGACGAAUUUCAUACCUCCUGAGGAGUAUUUGGUGAUCAGACGAAAGGAUGUACCUCAACCAAAGGGGAUCGAGCCAACUUUCCGUGAAUUCGUCCAAUAUUUAAUUCACACUGAUUUGGCCAAUUACGGGGACGAUCAUUGGAUGCCCUACUACUUGUACUGCACACCUUGCCUCCUCGAUUAUGAUAUUAUUGCGAAGGUAGAAACACUAUGGCAGGAUCAGAUUUAUACGAUACGUAAAUUACAUCUUCAAGAUACGAUUGAACCAAGAUGGCGUCAUAGCGGUGGUUACGAGAAUCCAUCAAAAAUAUACUUUGGCCAAUUGAAUAAAGAUCUAAUACAAAAAUUGUAUGAAAAAUUCAAGUUGGAUUUCGAGCUUUUCGAUUAUUCACCAGAUGACUAUUAUCAAUAUGCAAGGGCUUCUUAA